AUGGAUUGCAUCCCUGUGCCAAUUGUUUGCUUUCAAUGCGGGACGGAUCAAAAUCCCUGCCAUUGCAAGGUUGUUGGGCCUACGAUUGGAUUCCUGGUGACUGUUGGCAUGGCGAUCGUUUGUUGGCCAGCAAGCCUUCUCUGCUGUUGCUGCGCGACUGACACGGGAAAAAAGGUUCUGGCGUUGCCGGUGGACACGGGGAAUUCCAUCUCUAAUGCCAUCCCGAUAUGA